UGGGAAGUAGAAGUUUAGUUUAAUUUAAUAAGAGAAGAAAAAGACAAAGGUCAUGGAGUCAAAGACAAGACGACCACCAAUCUCUCUCAUACCCCGAUCAGGUCCCUCUCCAAACCGUUUUCUACUCAGACCCAUCAACCAACCCCUCUUCUCUCUUCUCUCUCUUUCCUAUAUUCUAAGCAAACCCCACAACCGUCACCAUCAUCAUUAUCAUCAUCAUUCCCACAACCUCAAGUUUCUCUCUUUUAAUUUUUCUCUAUAAAGACCUACUUACCACAUUUUUACAUCAACCCCUCUAACACCCACACCCACACCCACACUACUACUACUUCUCUGAUCUCUUUCUUCUUCUUAGUUUUAUUUUCUAGCUAUAGUAAUAUCUCUGCUGGAGGAUGAGAAAGCCAGACCCAUCAUCAUCUUCUAGUAAUAACAAUAACAAUAACACUAAUAAUAACAAUAAACUGAGAAAAGGGCUAUGGUCCCCUGAAGAAGAUGAUAAGUUGAUGAAUUACAUGCUGAACAAUGGGCAAGGGUGCUGGAGCGAUGUGGCUAGAAACGCUGGGCUUCAGCGCUGUGGGAAGAGCUGUCGUCUUCGUUGGAUCAAUUACUUAAGGCCUGACCUCAAACGUGGUGCUUUUUCCCCUCAAGAAGAAGAGCUCAUCAUCCAUUUGCACUCUCUUCUUGGCAACAGGUGGUCUCAAAUCGCGGCACGCUUACCAGGAAGAACUGAUAACGAAAUAAAAAAUUUUUGGAACUCAACAGUAAAGAAACGACUCAAGAACUUGUCAUCUUCAUCUACAACCUCACCAAACACAAGUGACUCCUCGUUCGAGCUCAAGGACUCAUCAUCAAUAUCCAUUGAUACUAAUACUAAUAAUAAUAAUAAUAAGAUCAUCAUCAACAAUAUCAUCCCGGGUGCUUCUAGUCAAGAUCAAAACACCAUGUUUUCUUCUUCAUACCUUCACGAUUUAUCAUCACCCACUUCUCUCCACCACUUGAUAAGGCCAUUCCCAGCCGUGCAAUUUGAUCACCACCAUCAUCAUCACAACAACAUGUUUGGUACAUCCAAUAGUAAUGAAUUCUUGAAUAAUAAUAUUAAUCCAAUAUCAUCACAAAUUGCUGGGAUGGUUAAUAAUAAUGACCAUGAUAAUCUUGGUUUUUUUGGAGAAGUAGUUGGUGGGAUAGAAGGAGAACUGUUUGUUCCUCCACUGGAGAGUGAUGAAACUACUGAUCAUCAUCCUCAAAGAGUGAUUAAUAUGAGUAAUAACAAUUACUUGAUGAGUAGUAACAGUACUACUACUAGUGUCAAAGCUGAAAAUGGUGAUCAUAUUCAUGGGGUUGAGACUAGUUAUUUCCAGGCACAUGAGCUAACAGUUGGGGAAUGGGACUUAGAUGAUUUGAUGAAAGAUGUUUCAAGUUCAUUUCCCUUUCUUGACUUCCAACUCCAAUAAUUCAUUUCCAUCCAUUUUUCUCAACAAACACAAAAAGAUUGUUUUUUUCCCUCUCCCUCUCCUCAUCUUACAUUUUUUGUUUUUCCCAAAAUAUACACCUUAAAAUAGGCACCAGAAGUAGAAUAUAAGUAACAUCCUUUUACAUAUAUUUGAUGAACUCAGCUGGUUUUUAGCGUUAUUCAAAACCAUGGUCAUCAUGGUCUUCUGAUGAAGUAAUUAAUAAAGGUCACAGUAGUGGGGUACGUACGUAUAUAUAUAUAUAAUACUAAGUGACCAUAUUUUAUAUAUGUAUAUGUUGUAUAUGUAUCUGCAAUAUGCCAACAAUAUAUAUAUGAUGAGCUUCAACCAUGUGUCAUCAUCAUCAAUAUAUAUAUCGAUCUAUACACAAUAAUAUGUAUACUUGUGAAGAUAUAAGUGAUGUGAAUAUAGAGCUUCAUGAAAAGUACGUAAGUAGGAGAAAGAGGUUUUAUUUUUUUGCUAUGUCCCAUAUAAAAGAUUUAAUUAGUUGGUAUAUAUAAUAAUAUAUAGAAACUUUUACUUAAUAGUACUCUUGAGUCUUGAGAUGUAUAAAACAAAUGUUUGAAAAGUGCGGAAGUUGUUAUUAGUGGGUGACAAUAAGUAGUAGGUUUUUUUUAGUAGUUUGUAUUACACAUUUCAUGAAAUACGACUAAUUCGUACUCUUUAUUUUUCUUCUC